CCUUCAUACUAGAGGACCCGAAAUCGGAUCAUCGUCGGAUCCAACUAUUAUUACUCUUUUGAAGCUUUUCUACAGAGCCAAACUUUAUGGUCUCUCUCCUCUGUUCGAGCCUUCUUCUCCAAACUCCUUCCUCAUAGCCUUUGUUUUUCCUCCAUUGGGUUGCAGAAAAAGUAGUUGAAGUUAAAAUAACCUCUUCGCCGACAGGGAUUUGUUAUCACAGGGAAAGCUUGAAAUCAACGGUCAUCAUAACUUCAUCUGAGUGAAAAAAGAUUGGGAUACUGCAUCCAAUCUAUCAGGAAUGGGUACAAGAUGGAAAUGGAAGGGAGCAAAAGAAAAAGCACUCGCAGAUCCCAUGUCCCAGAUAGUUUGCCAGCUUCAGUCUUGUUUGCUCCAGUCAAACUCUCAAGUAUUAUUGACAAGUUCAUGCGGACUCCUUGAAGCAGACGACCAACAAAGUGAACUUCUUGAUCGCGCUUGUUUUGGAUAUCGGAUAAUCACUGCUGAAAAGGGUAACCGUUUGUUCACUUUAAGUAUGGAGGAAACUUUUUACCUAUUCUAUAUUCUUAAAUGUAUCAAAGUUAUAGGUGAGGACAAGUGUGAAAAAAGUUGUGAAGAGUUGUGGAGUUUCAUGAACUCAUGCUCAGAAAAUUUUACAAAUUUGUUCAAAGCAUAUUCACAUCUACGGAUGAAAAAUUGGGUUGUCAAACCAGGGAAUCUAUAUGGUGCCGAUUUUGUUGCCUACAGACAUCAUCCAUCCCUGGUACAUUCAGAAUAUGCAGUGCUUGUCUUGUCAGAUGGUCAGGUUGAAUCCAAUGGUCGUUUGUUGGUUUGGUCUGAUUUCGAGGGUGCACUUAGAGUGACUGGUGGUGUUGCGAAGACAUUGCUAAUUUUAUACAUUAAUAAAAGUGGAACAGAGGUAACUUCACCAUCUUGUUUUGAAAAUUUUCUUGUUGAAGAGAGAACGAUCACAAGGUGGAGUCCGGAACAAUGUCGAGAAGAUCAAACAAGUUUGAAGAAAAGCCUUGAUGCGGAUAAGAGAGGGCACAAGAAAGUCAGACCAAAGAAGAAACCAAGUGUCAAAAAUAAUUUAGGAUUAAUUAUCACAGGGGGCUUAGUUUGUUCUCUAUUAAUUUCUAAUUGUUUUUUAUUAGCACGCUUGUGGCGGAGCAAGCUUUAGGCUCUAAGAGUAGUUAGUGCGUUUUGACAAAUAAGAACUGUCCCUCUAGAUGACUUAGGAAUUUUGUCAUCCGAAGAAACAGAAUAUUUUGUCCAUGUAAAGAGUUUUGUAGGGUUGAGAAAAGAAGCAAAUUGGGAAAUUCGCUUCUGAUGAGUGAUAAAAUGGCUUUCAGAGUUUCAGGGCAUUGAUGAUCAAAUUCCCAAAAUUUCAGAAUAUUUUAAGUAUCACAUUUCCGGUCA